UCUGACUUUUUUCUCAGAAUUCUGACUUUUUUUUUCCUUCUUCCAUGCAGAUUGAUAGUGAAGUCAUUGGGCUGGUGGAUGAUGCAACUCUGGUGAAUUAUAUCCUUUCCUAUAUGGAGACUGAAUUGCUCUUUUCAAUUUCUGCAAAAGUCUUAAUUUGAAAUGAUCACAUAAGUUUUAUCAGUUUUUCUGCUUACAACAAUGCCUGCAAUGCCAUAUGCGGAUGACUUAAUCAGACUGUACUUCAGACUUUCUUUUACUAACAAAGAAAUACUCACACUUUUAGCACACAACAAUCAGAUAGUCAUAAGUGUCCGAACUCUAAAGAGAAUUUGUAAAAGACUAGGUCUAUUCAGAAGGAGAAACCAGUCAGACCUGGACGAAGUGCUGGCUUUUGUCCAACAUGAGAUUAUGACUAAUGGACAGAUGCAGGGUUACCGCUGGCUACAUCUUCGCGCAGUUCAACAAGGAUUUGUUGUGUCACAAGAUACAAUAAGACGCAUCAUCAAAUUGGUUGAUCCACAAGGUGUGGAAUUAAGACGAUCACGGCGUUUGAGAAGACGCCAGUACAGCUGUAGAGGACCAAAUGCACUUUGGCACAUGGACGGCUAUGAUAAAUUAAAACCCUAUGGCAUUGCCAUUAAUGGCUGUAUAGACGGUUUCAGCCGUUAUGUGUUAUGGAUGGAGGCCUAUACCACGAACAAUGAUCCUAAAGUAGUUGCAAGCUACUUCAUCAAAACAGUUUCAUCCAUAGGUGGAUGUCCAGAGAGGAUUCGUGCAGACAGGGGUACAGAAAACGGCUGUGUAGAAGAAAUGCAGAUGUUUUUGCGCAGAAACGACCCAGACAGUUUUGCAGGGGAGAGAAGUUUUCUUUAUGGAAGAAGCACAGCAAACCAGCGCAUUGAGGGAUGGUGGGGUACCCUCCGCAAACAAAGUGCACAGUUCUGGAUAAACUUAUUUCUAACCUUUCAGGAUGAUGGUCACUUCACAGGAGACUUUUUGGACAAAAAUCUUAUUCGGUUUUGUUUCCUCAAUCUUGUUCAGGAUGAACUUGAUGAAGUUGUCAACACAUGGAAUUCACACAAAAUCAGGCCAAGAUCAAACGGUGACAUGGCAUCGGGCCGGCCUGUUAUGAUGUACUCCUUCCCAGAACUGCACAAUGCUGAUGAUAGACUUAAACCUGUUUCCAUGGAGGAGGUCAAUUUGUGUAUGGAAGAAUGUACUCCCAAAGGCCAGUUUCCAUGCGAUGAGACUGUUUUUGAACUGUGUUGUCUACUGAUGGAGGAAUAUGGUUGGGAUGCUCCAGCAGAUCCACUUGCUGCAGCUGAUCUGUACAUCAUGUUAAGAGAGCAAAUACUGCAAAAUAUUUGAUAAAUGGUACAAAUCCAGUUUUUACUAAAUAAAAAAGAAAAUAUGUAGUUUAGCCCUUUAAUAGUUAUCUUAUAAGUAGACUGUGUUGCUUUUUCAGUGCAUAUCUAUGUCUCAACAUGAAGAUGACUGCAGUGCAGGCCUGGCAGAAUAUAAUGAGAGAACAUAACCAGUAUAGAAGCCAACAUAGGAAAUACAUCCCCCGAAUAUAUAGAAUUUUUUUUAUGAGUUAGUUUAAUUACAUAAGUACUGAAUCAUUUUUGCAUGGACUAUCCAAAUUAAAUGGGAAGUGAAAUCUCUGUAGGUAGUUAUUACACAUUAUGCAGUCUGAAACAUUCUAAAUACCAUGGCAGGGUGAGA